UGAGAUACAUCUACCCCAUAUCCAUCCUUGAGGUUGAGAAAAGUUGGUGGAGAGUGAGUAGGUGGAGAUGGCUUCAGACGGCGGCGCAGCGGCGGUGACGAGUCCGCUCCUGGACAGAAAGGCGGCGGCGGACGGGUGGCUGAACAAGGUUAUCGACGUGGAGGAGGCAAAGGACCAAAUUGUGUUCGCUUUGCCGAUGAUUGUGACCAAUGUUUCGUACUACUUCAUUCCUCUCGUCUCCGUCAUGUUCGCCGGCCACAUCGGAGAACUCGAACUCGCCGGCUCGAAUCUCGCUAAUUCCUGGGCCGCCGUCUCCGGCUUCGCUCUCAUGGUUGGCUUGAGCGGUGCACUCGAGACAUUAUGUGGGCAAGGAUUCGGUGCGAAGAUGUACGGGAAGUUAGGGGUGUACCUUCAGGCAUCAUGCAUAAUAACCGUCAUCUUCACGAUUGCUGUAUCUAUUCUGUGGUGGUUCUCCGAUUAUGUCCUAACUUUAUUACACCAAGACCCUCAAAUAGCCGAAUUAGCUGGUCUCUAUCUCAAGUACCUCAUUCCCGGAUUAUUUGCUUACGGCUUCUUGCAAAACAUCUUGAGGUUUCUUCAGACACAGUGUGUGGUGUUGCCACUUGUCGUAUGCUCAUUGGUCCCUCUUGUUCUCCACGUAGGCAUUGCCUAUAGUUUGGUUCAUUGGACCCCACUUGGGUACAGGGGAGCUCCAUUAGCAGCUUCGAUUUCGCUGUGGAUUUCGGUUCUUAUAUUGGGAUUGUAUGUCGUUAAGGCGAAGAAGUUUGAGGAAACGUGGGAGGGUUUUACUUCCGAGUCGUUUGGUCAUAUCUUUACAAAUUUGAAGCUCGCUUUGCCUUCUGCAGCCAUGGUUUGUUUGGAGUAUUGGGCUUUCGAGAUUCUUGUUUUGUUAGCGGGAUUGAUGCCGAACUCGGAAAUCACUACUUCACUUAUAGCAAUGUGUGUGAACACAGAAGCCAUCUCUUACAUGAUUGCUUACGGUCUAAGUGCUGCAGCUAGCACAAGGGUGUCGAACGAGUUAGGAGCAGGAAAUCCGGAUCGAGCAAAGCAUGCGAUGUGGGUUACUCUCAAGCUAACCGUUCUUCUUGCGCUAUUAGUUGUUUCGGGGCUGUCGUUCGGACAUAACCUAUGGGCUGGUUCGUUUAGUGACAGCCCUGUUAUAAUCGAGGCUUUCGCCUCAAUGACACCCUUUCUCGUGGCAUCCAUAUCUUGCGAUUUCGUCCAAGGAAUCUUAUCAGGGGUAGCAAGAGGAUGUGGCUGGCAGCAUCUGGCGGUGUUCAUAAACUUGGGAACGUACUACUUAAUCGGGAUGCCGAUUGCUGUUCUCCUCGGAUUCAAAUUUCAAUUGCAUGCUAAGGGAUUAUGGAUCGGCUUAAUCUGCGGAUUGACGGUCCAGAUGAUCGGACUUUUCGUGCUUUCGAAGUUCACGAAAUGGACGAGGAUAGAUAUGUCUUCGGAUCAAGAUCCUUCGGUCAAGAUUGUCGAAGGAGAUGUAUGAGUUUUCGUUGCUCACUUUUUUUUUUCUUUUCUUUUCUUUUUUUAAUUACUUUUCUGUUAAAUGUUAAUCAAGUGUGAUUAAAUUGAUCGAACUCUUCAGUUAAAGAUUUUGAAUGGUGUAUAAUAAACAAUGUAAUGUUGUAUUUUCAUGUAGAGGCAGGCAAUUAGAGAAAUCCGGUGUGACCAUUUUUUAAUGGGUUUAUUGCAUUUAGCACCCUUGUAAAUUACUCUAAUUGUUGAGAAAAGUUCUCAUGUUAUUGGUUUUUUAAUAUUAUAAAUAAAAUU